ACCCACCGGAGUCCAGUCCAGAACAAGCUACACGGGAAAGGGUUUGUCUCAGGGCAGACGGGUCUGUCGUUUGGUCGUGCUGCUGAUUCGUUAGCAGAAAUGGAGUCUGGUGACUGUUGGAAGUUCUGUGAGAGGGUGACCAGCUUCCUUCCUCUUUCCUUGGUUCACCUCCUGAACCCUGCUGGGCUCAGCCCCAGUUCUGCAUGGACUUUGAAGACCAAAAUGCUUCAGAAUGUACAUUGCAGUCGCCUGCGGCUGCUUCACCCACGGCCAGUUCUAGUUUUGCUGCUGCUGGCUUCUGCAGACCGGGGAGCUGGUCUCCCGAAGGCCGUGGUCAGCCUCCAGCCCCCCUGGCUGCAGGUGUUCCCCGAGGACAACGUGACUCUGAGCUGCCAGGGGGCCCGCAGCCCGGGGGACAGCUCCACCCAGUGGUUCCACAACGGGACCGCCAUCCCCACCCAGGCCCAGCCCAGCUACAGCUUCAAGGCCAGCAGCAGCCACAGCGGGGACUACAGGUGCCGGACGGGCCAGACCGGCCUCAGCGACCCUGUGCACCUGGACGUGACUUCCGCCUGGCUGCUGCUCCAGACGCCCCGCCUCCUGGUCCCGCCGGGGGACCCCAUCGUGCUGCGGUGCCACAGCUGGAGGAACUGGCGCCUCUACAAGAUCACAUUCUUCCAGGACGGGAAGUACAAGUGGUUUUCAUAUACGAAUUCCAGCUUCUCCAUCCCACAUGCAAACGCCAGCCACAGUGGCGCGUACCACUGCUCAGGGUUCCUGGGGCAGACGCUGCACGCCUCGCAGCCCGUGAGCAUCACCGUCCCAGCCAUGUCACCCGUCCUGCCUCCGUGGUCCCAAAUCGCGUUCUGCCUGGUGAUGGGGCUCCUGUUUGCGGUGGACACGGGGCUGUACUUCUUGGUGCAGAGAGAACUCCGGAGCCCAGCGCGGGACGGGAGGAAUGACACAGUCACAUGGACCAAGAGCCCUGAGGACAAGUAACCGCUCCUCUCCCCGGGAGGAGCUGCAGUCUGCAGGCCCGCCCUCUGCCCUCCCCGCCUCCUGCUGGGCGAGCUGGAGCUGCCGGGGCCUGGGGCAGGAAGGGCCCAACCACCCCCAGGCUCGCCCUCACGGACUUCCUGCUGGUCAAGAGGACUGACCCGUGUCUCCACAGGCCCUCACAGAGGCUCCUCACACACACACACACACACACACACACACACACACACACGCGCUCCCUAAGUCCUGUUUCCACUUUCACAUCAGCCCAGCACCUGACCACGGCUCCGUCCUCCAGGCCUGCUGGCCCUCACCCCCGCACCCUCCGGCACCGUGUCCUCCCAGAGCCAUCUUUCAAUGUGCUUACCGGCGCGUCUUCGCUCCAAGCCUCGCCAUAGCGUCCCCUUGCACUUCAGAGUAAAAGCCGAGGCCUUUGCAGUGCUCUCAGGCCUCACUGCCUCCACCUCACGGCUCCUGUUCCUUCCUUCCUUCCACACACUGGCCAUACUUCUGCCCAGGGUUCAUGCUAUUCCCUGUUUCUGGAAUGUUCUUUCUUACAGAUGUGUCAUCAUACUUCAUCAUGGUCUUUACCCAAAAGUCCCGUUAUCCGUAAGGUCUCUUUGAUCAUUCACUAUAACUCCACCCCCACCCUCUCCGGACCCCCGUCUGCCGUGCUUUUCCUCAUGGUGCUCAUUUCCAGCCUCCCGCCCUCGGAAAGGAGCCCCGGAGAGCAGGGCCUUUGUUCACUGCUCUGCACCCACAGCCCAGCACAGCGCCGGGCACGCGAUAAAGAACUC